UUCAUGCUGUCAGCAAUGGCACCACAUGGAAGAGAAAUGUCACAAGGCCUGAGAAAGAAAAUAAUUUCUUUACAAAAGAAAGGUAAAGGCUACAAGAAGAUCAGCAAAGCUUUACUUAUCAGUCAGAAUACUGUAGCAAAAGUGAUACAAAAAAUUAACAAAGAUGGAACUGUAAGCAUCUCACAGAGAUAUCCAGGCCUUGACAGGAGUGUCUUCUGAUGAGAAGGGUUGAAGAAAAUCGUCAUGCAAGUUCACUCUGCAUUUAACUAAAGAAGUAGAACGCCAAACUGGGGUUAUUGUGUCCUGUGGCACAAUACGGCAUACAAUGCAGAUGAAAGGCAUGCAUGGGUGUCAUCCAUGA